AUGGCUGAAAUCACAAUCUCGGGCUUCCGCUCCCGCGACGUGCGGUUCCCGACAUCGCUCGACAAGACGGGAUCCGACGCCAUGAAUGCCGCUGGCGACUAUUCCGCUGCGUACUGCAUCCUCGAGACCGAUUCGCCUCACUCCGGCCAUGGCAUGACCUUUACCAUCGGCCGCGGCAAUGACAUUGUCUGCGCCGCCAUUGACCACGUCGCCGACCGCCUCCGUGGCCGCACACUCUCCUCUCUCGUCGCAGACUGGGGCAAGACAUGGCGCUACCUCGUCUCCGACAGCCAACUUCGCUGGAUCGGGCCCGAAAAGGGCGUCAUCCACCUCGCACUCGGUGCCGUUGUCAACGCGCUCUGGGACCUUUGGGCCAAGGUCCUCGGCAAGCCCGUUUGGCGCAUCGUUGCGGACAUGACCCCCGAGGAGUUUGUCCGCUGCAUCGACUUCCGCUACAUCACCGACGCCAUCACCCCCGAGGAGGCUCUCGACAUGCUGCGGGCGCAGGAGUCUGGCAAGGCCAAGCGCAUUGAAGAGGCGCUCGCCAGCCGCGCUGUCCCCGCCUACACCACCAGCGCAGGCUGGCUGGGCUACGGCGAGGAUAAGAUGCGCGCCCUGCUUCACGAGACGCUCGGCCAGGGCUACCGCCACUUCAAGCUCAAGGUCGGCGGCAGCCUCGACGACGACCGCCGUCGCUUGUCCAUUGCCCGCGAGGUCAUCGGUUACGACAAGGGCAAUGUCCUCAUGGUCGACGCCAACCAAAUCUGGUCCGUACCCGAGGCCAUUGACCAUAUGAAACAGCUCGCCGACUUCAAGCCCUGGUUCAUCGAAGAACCCACAAGCCCAGACGACAUCAUUGGCCACCGAUCCGUGCGCGAGGCUCUCAAACCCUACGGCAUCGGCGUUGCCACGGGUGAGAUGUGCCAGAACCGCGUCAUCUUCAAGCAGCUGCUCAUGACAGGUGCCAUGGAUGUAUGCCAAAUCGAUGCCUGCCGACUGGGUGGUGUCAACGAGGUCCUCGCCGUGUUGCUCAUGGCGAAGAAGUAUGGUGUUCCCAUUGUUCCACACUCUGGCGGCGUCGGCCUGCCAGAAUACACGCAGCACCUGAGCACCAUCGACUAUGUCGUCGUGAGCGGCAAGCUGUCCGUGCUCGAAUAUGUUGAUCACCUGCACGAGCACUUCCUCCACCCGUCGGUCAUCAAGGACGGCUACUACCAGACGCCAACAGAGCCGGGCUACAGCGUCGAGAUGAAGGCCGACAGCAUGGACCGGUAUACAUACCCGGGCGAGAAGGGUGUGAGUUGGUGGACCAGUGAUGAGGCAAAGCCUAUUCUGGAGGGGGUUAAGAUUUGA